UAUCUCAACUGUAUCUGCAUUCAUCUGCCACAAACACCAACAACACCACAGAAAUGUCAAAUAUGUGUUUCCUCGAGUUCCAAUACCACAUCUCCAAACUGAGGAAACCAUCUCGUCUGUUUUCCUCCCGAGACAGGCAAAGCUCUGGCCUAGACCCUGCUUUCCAGCCAGAUGAGAAUGAGAUGAAGCAAGUAUUUGAUAUGAUUGAUAAGGACAAAGAUGGGAAGAUCUCUCAAGAAGACUACAAGGACAUGCUAAAAGUACUGGGAAAGGAUGAUUUGAUUAAAACAGUACCAAAGAUUUUCGAGGUGGUUGAUCGAAAGCAAGACGGGUUUAUUGAUUUCAAAGAGUUCAUGGAAUAUCACAAGAAGGGUGGUGGAGUGAAAUGGAUGGACUUGCAGACUGCUUUUCGAGUAUUUGAUUUGAACCACGACGGUAAAAUAUGCACCGAUGACAUUCGGGGCGUGUUAAGGAGGCUGGGAGAGGAAUGCAGCCAGGAAGAUUGCCAGAGAAUGGUUAGAGCAGUGGACAUUGAUGGGGAUGGUGUGGUUAAAAUGAGUGACUUCAUGACGAUGAUGACUCGCAGCAUGAAGCCUGUCUAGAGAGUCUAUCUGUAUGGAUACCUAUCUGCAAAUCUGGUUAAUUUGAGUUGUAUCUUAAUAUAUUACAUUAUGGUCGACUCCCUAAUAAAUAGUA